AUGAAAGCAACCGCAGACCGCCACGGCUCCACGGCUCCCGAUCCAGCGCGAGAUGCAGACUUGUUGAGCCCCCCUUUCUGCGAGAGUGGUCUUUCCCGAGCCUGGGAUUCCGGAAAUACCGAUGAGGACUCGUGCAUUGGCGUUUUUUCGCUGGAGGAGGGCUUCUCGUUUUCGAUCAGUAACGGUAUUCAGCAAAGCCGCAUACAAAACCGACUGUGA